AUGGAACUUCAGAGGGCACAACGGAAUUUGAAGUUUUUACAAAACGAGGAUUAUGUGAACGUUACCGAUCAAACUAACCUGAAUGGAGAGAGCCAGAAUGCUUACUCUUUAGGAAUGGAAACUCAAGUACCGGAAAUGCAGUUUUCCUUAUCAUCUGAUGAUGAUUCAAUAGGUACGCAAGUAAAAAGCGUAACUGCACAAAAAUCGCCUAUGACGCAAGAGACUACGAAAAACGAUACAGAAAGAAAUAAAGAUGUUGAUAAAAGUUGUAACCCAGUCAGCACUUCCCAUCCCGAUUUAGGCGGAUCAAAUAUCGAGGAGAACAUAUUCAUUAACACUCAAAUUCAAAGCCGACUUGAUGACGCAGAGGAAGAAACAAAUCUUAAGUUAAAACUUGAAAAAUUCAAGUAUUCGUUCAAGAGUAGUAACGCAGAUGAUACCCACAGCAAUGCAAAUGUAACAGCUAAAAGAAGACCAGCAAUAAGGAAGGCUAAUUCGAAACUCAAAACAAAACCUAAAACUAAACGAGACCCUAAAAUUAUCAAAAAUAUAACUGAUUUCAAUAUUAAUAACUACGAACGUUCAAGGACUGCCAGCUUAUUAAAGCAAUUAUCAGGUAAGCACAAGAAGGUUUUGGACAUAAUAAAGACGCAAAAUGAAGGAAACAGUGAUAAACCUCCCAGAGCAAGGAAUAACAAGGGUGAAAAAGCUACUUUUGAUACAUAUAGUGAACAGGAGUGGAAAGAUAUUAUGAAACUUCUUCUACAAAAGUUUCCGCAAAGUGAGGAAACGGAUUUGAAUGAAGUCCAGAAAUUUUUAUAUGGAAGCGAAAAAAGCUCGAAUUCUCUAGACAAUCAAGAAUCCUCACAACAAAGACUUUGGACAGCAUCACAAUUACCACCCGAGCUUCCCGAUGAGGCUAUUCAACCAGAGCAGGAAGAAAGGAUACGCGAUACCCAAAGUGCAGUAAAUUUCUUAUCGUUGUCUCAAGUAAUGGAUGACAAAAGUGAAAUUAUGAAAGACGAAGAAAGCAUAAUUAUUUCACGGGGAGAUUCUACAAGCUCUCAAGAAUAUGGAAACGGGUUAGAGCCACAACAACCGGUAGGAAAUGUUGUUGGUGAAGAUAUUGAACUGGCUGUGGGAACACGUAUAAAUGCAUUUUCACUGACAGAUUAUAAAGCUUGCAAACCUAUGUCUGUUGAGGUAAGUAGAAGAUGCGAAAACAGUACGGAUAAUGAUUAUGACAAUAUUUCUAUUGUCUCAGAUACUACAGAUGAGACAUCCACAUUGUUUCCACUAGACCAGUAUCGGUAUGUUUUCAUUGAAAAUGAUGAAAGACCACCAUUAGCCACCGACACGAUAGGCAGCACACAGUUUUUCACUCCAAACACAUCGCCUUUGGAUGGGAUAAUCGAUUUAACACAGGAAUCAUUCAAAGCUGUUCGAUCGUUAAUAUCACCUUUGAAAGUAGAAAACAACAAAACAGGGGUAACAUCACAAGCAUCAAAUCAGGUUCAGGUACCAGCUACAAGAACCCCUACAAUUAUUCCUCAAAAGAACCUUACUACAACUUUAAAAACUGAAGAAGAAAAGAAUAACAUAGGAAGUUCCAUCAGAGUUAAAUUAUUGCAAGAAAGCGUAGUUAAGCUAAACCCCAAACUGGUGAAACAUAACUUUUAUAGAGUUGAGGCAAAUGAUUCUGAAGAAGAGGAGACAGAAUUUGAUGACCAAUUCUGCAUUGCUGAUAUCCAAUUGGUAGAUUCCUCCAAAAUUUCGACUAAAGAUUCUACACAAAAUCCUACUACUAGCAACGACAUUAUUGAUACCUCUGCAGCUAGUUCCAUAGCUUCUCCCGAGAAAUUUUGUGAGAUCAUGAUGUCCCAAUCAAUGAAAGAGCUUCGACAAAGCUUGAAAACAGUGGGGUUGAAACCUAUGAGGACGAAGGUUGAAAUCAUUCAAUCCUUACAAACUGCAUCUCAAAUUCUGUCCACAGCUAAUCCAGAUAAUAAAGGUGAGCAUGGUGGGGUGGCAAAUUUCAGUAAGAUAGAAAUAUUUGAUCAUUUAACCGAACUAAUUGAAGCCUUCCCUGAUUUUUUGGAGCGAAUAUAUACCUUUGAACCCAUUCCGCUAAAUGAGCUAAUUGAAAAGCUGUUCAGCGCCGAGCCAUUUGUUUCGCAAAUCGACGAAAUGACCAUCAGAGAAUGGGCCGAUGUUCAAGGAAUAUGUCUGAGAAACGAUAAAAAGUAG